AUGGAUUUUGGAGGAGGCUCGCAGUUUGACGGGUCCGACAGAUCCCGAAUUUUCAUCAACGUCGGAGGAUUUCGACACGAGACUCAUGUCUCUACACUCAAGAAUAUUCCUGAUACCAGACUUUACUGGAUAGCGGAGAAUCAUGAUACGGAAAGCUCUGGAAAACGAGAAUAUUUUUAUGAUCGCCAUCCGGGUGCAUUUACGCAAAUUUUGAAUUACUAUCGUACCGGCAAACUACAUUAUCCAACAGAUAUGUGCGGACCCAUGUUCGAAGAAGAACUUUGUUUUUGGGGAAUUGACGAAAAACAAAUGGAACCUUGUUGCUGGACCACAUAUACAAAGCAUCGAGAAGCUGAAGAAAAUUUGAAAGCCUUUGUUGGCCCCGACUUCGAGCACCUGAAAAGUAAUGACCUUGAGAGAUCCUCUUCUGACAUAUCUGGCAUCGAUGAGAAGAAAGAUAACUUUUGGAAAAGAAUACAGCCUAAAAUUUGGAAUAUUUUGGAUGAACCUCAUUCAUCUAAGCUGGCAAAGGUAUGAAAUAAUUAUUUUAAAAGAUUUUCAGUGUGUUAGCAGUUUAUUUCUUUAAUGACCUGUUGUUACGGAGCGGCGACUUUUCGGUAAAAUAAAAUUGACUUAGUAGUUUUGAUAAAACCUUACAGACUUUUCGGAAAUGAAAACAUGUAGUUCAUGAUACAUUCAAUUGAAACCAUCACUCGGGUUUGAAUUUGUCUGUCAAGAUACAGCCUUCGUGUUGUAAAAACUACAGCGAGACAGGUUGCCUCAUUUAAUAGCUGUUGCACAUUAUUUUAGGGAAAGGUCAACAUCGGUUCUCUAGAAUCGUUACACAAUCUUUUUUUUUUGAGUUGUACUCAUUUCUUGCCCGAUAUUUUCUAGUUUCAAGGCUACUUUUGUUUUAAAAGUGACCCCAGAGGAACAAAGUUUGUUAACGAGAUUACAAAACAUACACAGCCAUUGGCGAUGUUGUUUUGGAACUUUUAGUUUUUUAUUAUUUAUGCAUAAACUGCUAGCGACGAGCAAGAUUAUUAAUUGUCUUUUCCUGACCAGUCAAUCUGGCUUGAUGCAUCAAAAAUUUUUCUUUCUUCUUCGUUUUUGCUUGUUCUAAAAAAUUCAUGACCAUAAGUGAUAGAAACGUUUCCGUGUAGCAAUAUUUGCGUAAUUUACAGCAGAGCAAAGAAAGGAAAUCGACUGGCACUUAAGCGCGCGAAAAGCCACUUUCACCGUGGAAAUGAAUAAAUAUUUUUUUUACACUUUAGGAUUAUAAAGCAAAGGAGAGAAAAUUAAAGAAAUAUUUUCUUUCAAGCAAACGAUAUCGGCAUUCCAAAAGCUUACGUUUUAUAUUGUCAGAAAAAAAUGCUCAAGAAAUAUAAUAACAACCUAUGUUUUGUACUCGUAAGAUAGCAUAAAGAGAGAGAAACGGCCUAAAAUAAACUGUCUCAACAACAACCAAAAAAAGCGCUCGGACAAAUCAUAAAAAAUAAACUCUACCAAACCCCUAUCGAUCGUCCGAAUAUAUGUUUACGCAUCUACUUUUCUUUGUUGUUAAAUUUAGGACAAUAUAUUGUAAAGAGGGGAACUUCGCGAAACACCCUAACUUCAGGUUACAUUUCGCACUAACUAACAAGCAGUAAUUAAUUCAUGAUUUGGAGAAAUUAUUUCAACCAAUAAGAACACGAUGACUGACAGGUGUUUAUGACGUCACCUGAAAUAAUCAUGGUUAUUAAUUGCAUUAUGCUGGUUUUCUUUUACUGUUGACACAUUGCUUAGCGAUCUUUUGUCCUUCCUUUUAAGAAAGCGUAAAUUCAGUGUUCUUAGGGAAGGAAAUUAUGCUGUUUCUUCUUAAAUUUUUGUUUGUUUAAUUUUGAUUGAUAUUCUGAUAACCAUGGUUUCAAGGGAAAACGGCAGCGAACAAAAAUACAGAAACAUUUCAUAUUCCGAAAACGCAUAUUUAGAAUUCGAUUCAGUGCCUUUCUUGUAUUUUCACUCAGAUCUAGAAUUUCGAGUUUCCUCUAAGUAACAUAAAGAGAAACCUCGCAAAUAAAACAAAUUUCAUAGAAAGUACCAAAAAUUUCUGCUUUUACAGCUAUUGUUUUCUUUUUAAAUUUUCUGUGUUCCCCUAUCGAUUUUUCUAAUGAUUCUUUACUACCCACAAAUAGACAAAAACUGCAAAGACAGAGUAGAUUCAUGCAAAGAAGAGUUUAGUACCUAAAACCCACUUUGAAGGAAGAAUUCUGUAGUGUAAGCUAUAAAAAUUGAAUUAUAUACUUAUGAUGUCACUACUAGGGAAACUCUAUUGCGCAUGCUUUCUGUAAACGCGUGGGCGUACAGGUGCCCAGCAUGCUUCUCGUAACAUGGUAUUAUAAAUGUCGCAUGUCGUCUGUUUUGCUGCAUUAUGCGUCAGUAAAAACAUCCCUUGUUCCACGUUUCCUUCUGAAAAUCUACUUCUUUCUGUACCGCAAAGAUACAACAUUUUGAGUUUGAAAUGUUCCACAAUUUCAAUGGAACAGUCGCCACAUUCUGCAAUAUAACGUUUCCCAAUUUUUGAGUUGGGAAUUUCCUGUAUUUUGUGCAAAAAAAUUACUUCAUUUUUUUUUAUAUAAAAAUCACCACGUUUCACUUUGAAAAUUUACCACAUUUAGCGUCGAAAUUUUGUUAUUUUUUGCUUCGAAGUUAUAAAACAUUUUGUGCUAAAAUUCUUGUGCAAUUGAGGUUGAAAAUUUACGACAUUAUGAUGAAAAAUUAUUGCAUUUUGUCUCAGAGAGUGAAUUAUACUUUUCUCUGCAUCAAAUGGUACGGAGAUAAACAUAAUCAUCCGCGGCGCAGCACAUGUUGCUCAUUUUAUCCUGAAAUGAAUCGCUGCUCUAGUGCGAUAAUUCAAUAGGAUCAACAAAGCAACAAAUAUUGUAAUAUGAUGGCAAAUAUUCAAUUUUCAUGUCCAUUUUUACCACUUUCUCUCAACAGAUCGUCUCAUAUCUCUCCUGCUUCUUCAUCAGUUUGUCAAUUGCUGCAUUCUGUGUCUCCACAUUACCAGGAAUUCGAUUAGACGAUGAGAUCUUAGGCAGACGUGAUGGAUUGUCUGUUCUCGAAAUUGUCUGCAGCAGUUUUUUUACUUUAGAGUUUCUAAUGAGAGUCAUAUUUUGCCCCUCCAAGCUUUUUUUCUUCAAGAGACCUAUGAAUUGGAUUGAUCUGAUAUCGAUUUUGCCAUUUUAUGUCUCGUUUCUGACGGAGGACGAAAAAGUGAAAAUGUUCUUGGUCAUUCGAGUAAUGCGACUAUUCAGGUAUGUCAAUAACCUUGUACCCUUUAGCAGAGACAACCUAUAAUAUCAUUGCCUUAUCAAUAAACUCCUUAAGAUACGGGUGAUGUGAUUUGAUUUGACCUGUUUAAUUGCAGAUUUGUAAAGCUGUCUUAUGGUCUCCAAAUUAUGAUCCACACUCUGAAGGCCAGUUCCCACGAACUAGUUCUUCUACUUCUCAUGCUCUUGAUCCCAGUGGUCAUGUUCUCCAGCAUCGUGUACUAUAUUGAAAUCAUACUGGACAAAAAGUCACACUUUAACUCAGUUCCACAGUCCUUUUGGUGGUGCCUUAUUACCAUGACAACUGUGGGAUAUGGUGAUCUCACCCCGCAAACCUGGCCGGGCAAAAUCAUCGGGGGCGCCUGCGCAGUUUGUGGUGUGUUGAUCGUUGCCCUGCCGAUUUCGGUCAUCGGUAGUAACUUCAACUUGUACUACGCGCAUGCACAAGCGAGGCUCAAGCUUCCAGUCAAGCAACAUCGACUUGUCCUUGGGGGCGUCCCGGGUCUACUGACAAAGCAUCAGGAACUGAGCUCGCGGAGAAAGAAGAAGUCUUGUGCUUUACCGAACCACGUGGAUGUGGAAAUGAGCUGUAUGACAGAGCGAACAUCGCUCAGAUCCUCGAUGCCCCACAGCCCACUCCUAGAGCUGCGCAGAGCCACAGCUAGAACUAUACAUGAGUCAGAUGUAGAUCUUCUGACACCAGAUGAAGACGAGAGAAGUGUAUCAUCUCCAUUACUGAAGCCAAGUCCCCAACUGCACCCGAGAGGUAAGGACAAAAUAAUGAUUAUGUAAAUACCGUGUCAGUCAGCUGACAGUCGGGUGGGGUUGGUAGGUCAGUCAGUUGACGGCAAGCUGGGAUUGGUUGGUCAGUCAGUUGACAGUCAGGUGGGGUUGGUUGGUCAGUCAGUUGACAGUCGGGUGAGGUUGAUUGGUCAGUCCGCUGACAGUCAUUUGGUGUUGAUUGGUCAGUCAGCUGUCAGUCAAGUGGGGUUGGUAAGUCAGUCAGUUGACAGCCAGCUGGGUUUGGUAGGUCAGUCAGUUGACUGUUAGAUGGGUUUGGUUGUCCAAUCAGUUGACGGUCAGCUAUGGUUGGUUGGUUAGUCAGCUGACAGUCGGGUGGGGUUGAUUGGUCAGUCAGUUGACAGUCAGGUGGGGUUGGUUGGUCAGUCAGCUGACGGUCAGUUGGGGGUGGUUGAUCAGUCAGUUGACGGUCAGCUAGGGUUGGUAGGUCAGUUAGCGGUCGGUCAGUUGUGGUUGGUCGGUCGUCAGUUGUCAGUCAGCUGAGGUUGAUAGGUCAAUCAGUUGUCGGUCAGUUGUGUUUGGUCGGUCAGUCACGUCAAACAGUCACUCAGUGUGUCACUGAAUCACCUAUAAAUCUUUUGGUCGAUCCGUUCCUCGGUCCGUCUGUCAAUUAUUAGAGGUUAAUUUCUUAGCUUCAGCAUGCUUUCUUUGUUUUCUAAUCCAGGGUUUGGAGACAAUAACAAAGCAGUAAAUUUCCAAGGUCUUCCUAGAAGGCGACCUCGCCGAACAUCCGGGACACUUAUGCCACGAAAAGUGAGCAUUGUCCCGGAUGAAGAGAGCAGAGAUAUGCAGAAGCAAGAUGAGACAUCCGAAAAACUGUCACGUGCUGAGAGGAGUGCUGCGCAUGGUGGGUGUAGUAAUGAUAGUCAAGUACCAGAAAACACUCAACUGACACCAUUAGAGGUGGAACAAACUCAGGAAUCCUCCCCACAUCCCAAUACCGAGAGCUCGGGAUAUUCCCCCACUCACCUUAGCAGCGACGAACAAAUUAACAGUACAAUACAGAGGGAAUUCGAUCCAUUGGUUCCAGUAAUAGGUUCUGGAGAAGACAAUAUUCGAGCAAAGUGGUUUUUAGAGGGAGGUAAUUUUGGGAAACCACGACAAGAUGAUUCAAGAGGCCAGAUCAUCGCAAACGGGGAUGUUAAAUCUUCAUGUAUUAAAAGGCCUUCCGUGGACUCUGGAAAUAGAUCUUCGCAAGAGUCAAAUAGCAAUUACUUAUCCUCUGUGGAAACUCCACUUAAAAAACGAAAAUCUCUAUCAGAUUCUCUUCUCUGCGCAAUGCCACAAGAUGAUAGAGACUCUUAUAAUGGAACCUCAAAGGAAGAUAAUGAAAAUGAACUAAAAUCUGACACUUUUAGGGCUGAUCGUAAGCAGAUUUUUUCCAAGCAGAAUGGGUCACCUUUCUCAGGGAAAAAGGCAAUUUUUAGUAAUGGACCCUGUCUUAAACAUUUAGAUGAAGAUAUGACUGCCCACCGAAAUAGAACAACAACUCAUCCGUGUUAUGAGUCACCGGAGCUGCCAAAGAAAAGACGGAAUGCAGCUUGUACCGUGGCAAUUUUGUCUGCAAGUGAUAGAAGUAGUGAAGACUUUCUAGAAACGAAGAUUUAA